GUAACCUCCGCAAGAAUAGACUGGCUACGAAACGGGUCAGAGUUAACCCAAGUCCAAUGUGGCGCCUAUGGGGGCAGCUAUGAAAACUGCACAGGGUGCUGCAUUUCAGGACCAGCAAAGCAAAGGCAUGGGCGCUUGAAGCUGGUGAAGGACGAAGUAGAGUUUGCGCACUGCACAGGCGGACCUGAGCUGUUGUUGGUAGGUACUGCACUUCUGAGGGGGCAUGCUCGAGGAGCGGAGCAGCUCGAAUGCCCAUCACCGCAAAAGGGUUUCUAAAUACUGAAAACUUUUCUUGAUUGAAGAGCAGAGGGGGACAUAUACACGGGGAGCAGCGCGCUGCAAAACCCGCCAAAAUGACGGACUACGCGGCAGAACAGGAGAUGGAGAUUGAGGCGCUGGAAGCGAUCCUCAUGGAAGACCUGACAGAGUUGGAGGAUGGAGCGGCCGGGGGCUUGGAGACGGACGGGCGGUGUUGGCAGAUUGACAUCAAGCCGCAGGGGGAUGAUGAAGAGGAGCUUACAGAGAUGCCAGUCCGAAUAAAGCUGGUCUUUGCCCACACGCCAAACUACCCGGACGAGCCCCCGCUGUUCAACAUCCGAGGUAUUCAGGGGUUGAGUACGAAAGACGUCAACGAAUUGAAAGCGAAACUAGAGGAGGAGGUACAAGAAAACCUAGGGAUGUCGAUGAUGUUCACGCUAGCAACGUCAGCCAAAGAGUGGUUAAGGGACAAGGUCGCGGGAGCUGAGGAGGCCAAUGCAGAGGAAGAUAAGGAGCCAGUAGAAGAGGUAAUCGUACCGCACGGCCUGCCGGUCACGGUGGAGAACUUCCGGGCGUGGCGAGACGCGUACGAGGCCGAAAUAGCGCUCGAAAAAGCGAAGUUGCUGACGGACUCUCAACUAGUGGCCCAACGAGAAAAGCGGAUGAGCGGGAAGCAGUGGUUCGAAAGCGGAAAGGGGCAGAGGGCAAAGCUGGACGCGGAAGAGGGCGACGAGGACGGCGACGACUUCGACUUCGACGACUCGGACGAAGAAGAUAUGGACGACGACGAAAUGUUUGACCAGAUACUAAAGCAAAGGGAAGGAGAGAAGCCCGUAACAUGAUGCUGUCCAAGAUAUACUAAGCUUCUGCACAUAUGUUCGAACAACCGGUAGCGUGCUUUGCAACGCUGCCGCUUGCGUUGUGGUCUUGGUGCCCUCCAUUUUCUACUGACAAAGCACAGUCAUUCGGUAACCUGCACGUGGCCUGAACAGCACCGUUCCACCAUGCGCCGAUUGACAUCACCGGAUAGGCGCAGCUACCUUCUGUAUGAGGGUCCAGGUGCUUCCAGCCGUUGGUUGACGACUUUCCAAAGGCUCAGUCAGCAAGCAUUGUGGCAGCUUGCCGGCUGGUGCAGUGUGUCAAAGUAACUGACUCGCACAAUCAACUUGCUUGGAGUUGGCC